CACGAAAGAAAGCGAUAGAAAAAACAGAAAGAAGAAAAAGAAAAUAAAGAGAAAGAGAAAGAGAAAGAGAAGAAAGUUACCAUCACCAAUUCACCAGCAUUCACUCUCCUCGAUAUCACACGUUGAUUUUCUCUCUCUCACUCUCACACACACAUUGCUUUUUGUGUCGGUUCAGUAGCGUCCGAACGAACUUCACCACUCAGUCUGUUGCUUGUGCUGAUGCAUUGCGCCGUGAACCCUCGCUAGCUCACUCUCCGAUCAGAUCCAAGUUUGUUUGUGUUGAUUCUCCGAUCCGCAAUGACGCAGAGGAAGAACAGAGGCAAGGCUUCGUGUUUUCCUCUUCUCGGUUUCGUCCUCCUCUGCGUUCUCGCGCCGUUUUUUUUCUUCCUCUCCCGGAGGCUCUACGCCGCCCCGGAUCAAGAUUAUAUUUCAGCUGUUCCAAGUAAACAGGUUCGCAAAUGGAGAGAAUGGCAGGCUUUGCAGGACCUUAAAUCACUUUUUUCAGAAGAGGUUCUUGAUGUUAUUGUAUCCAGCACAAAUGAUUUGGGGCCUUUCAGUCUUGACAAUUUCAGAAAAAAUUUGUCUGCUUCAUGGAGAGUUGGAUUAGGAAAUUCAAACGCUGAACAUGAGCUAAACCAACAAACAACACAUGUUAGACAAGAAAAGCCAGAGGUGAAGGAAGGUAGAUCUUCAGAUAAUCCUUCUCAGUGGACUGAUAGUUCCGCACAGCAAACCCGAAGGCAUUUAAUAGAGAAAAGGCGGGAAAAGCGUGCUGCUGAGUUGGUAAAAAAGGAUAAUGAAGUAGCUGUAAGAGUCGAAAAUACAGCUAUUGAACGCUCAAAAUCUGUUGAGUCAGCCAUUAUAGGUAAAUACAACAUUUGGAGGAAAGAAUUUGAGAAUGAAAAUGGCGAUUCUACUGUUCGGUUGAUGCGAGACCAGAUCAUUAUGGCUAGGGUAUAUAUAAGCAUUGCAAAGUUGAAGAACAAGGUUGAACUGCAUGAAGAACUAAUUUCCCGGCUCAAAGAGAGUCAACGUGCUUUAGGUGAUGCAGUUUCUGAUGCGGAUCUACAUCACAGUACACAUGGGAAAAUAAAGGCUAUGGGUCAAGUUCUAUCAAAAGCAAGAGAGCAAUUGUAUGACUGCAAAUUGGUCACUGGAAAACUAAGAGCAAUGCUACAGACAGCUGAUGAUCAAGUUAGGAGUUUGAAGAAACAGAGCACAUUCCUCAGUCAGUUGGCUGCCAAGACCAUACCAAAUGGAAUUCAUUGUUUAUCUAUGCGCCUUACCAUAGAUUACUAUCUCCUUCCUCCUGAAAAGAGAAAGUUCCCUGGGAGUGAGAAUUUGGAGAAUCCCAGUCUUUAUCACUACGCACUGUUCUCAGAUAAUGUCUUGGCUGCAUCUGUUGUUGUCAACUCAACUAUUAUGAAUGCUAAGGAUCCAUCGAAGAAUGUUUUUCACCUUGUUACUGAUAAACUAAAUUUUGGAGCCAUGAGCAUGUGGUUUCUUUUAAACCCUCCUGGAAAAGCUACAAUCCAUGUUGAAAACGUUGAUGAUUAUAAGUGGUUGAACUCAUCCUACUGCCCUGUCUUGCGGCAGCUUGAAUCUGCUACAUUGAAAGAGUUUUAUUUCAAGGCAGGCCAUCCAAACUCACUUUCUUCCGGGGCUUCCAAUCUGAAGUAUAGAAAUCCGAAAUAUCUCUCAAUGCUCAACCAUCUGAGAUUCUAUCUUCCACAGGUUUAUCCAAAAUUGGAUAAAAUCUUAUUUCUUGAUGAUGACAUUGUUGUUCAGAAGGAUUUGACUGGAUUAUGGGCUGUGGAUCUUAAUGGGAAAGUAAAUGGUGCUGUUGAAACUUGUGGUCAAAGCUUUCACCGAUUUGACAAGUACCUUAACUUUUCAAAUCCUCACAUCGCAAGAAAUUUUGAUCCAAAUGCUUGUGGUUGGGCAUACGGGAUGAACAUGUUUGAUCUGAAGGUGUGGAAAAAGAAGGAUAUCACCGGCAUAUAUCACAAGUGGCAGAAUAUGAAUGAAGACAGGGUGCUGUGGAAGCUGGGGACGUUACCUCCGGGGCUAAUAACGUUCUAUGGGUUGACACAUCCACUAGAUAAAUCAUGGCAUGUACUUGGUUUGGGUUAUAAUCCAAGUUUGGAUCGAUCAGAGAUUGAGAAUGCAGCAGUUGUACACUACAAUGGUAAUAUGAAGCCAUGGUUAGAAAUUGCCAUGACAAAGUAUCGGUCUUACUGGACCAAGUAUGUCAAGUACAAUCAUCCCUAUCUUCAAAACUGUAAGCUAAAUGAAUAGUACCGAUAAUUUGGUCCCAAGUACAGAGAAGAAUUCUCUGAUAUUUUCUAUCACCUUUCUGGCUUUUGGUUAUUUCAACCACAGCGUCUUUUGCUAGAAUGAUGAUCAUUGUCUUAAAGCUUAGAAGGGAUAGGGUAAGGGCGUGUUCUAUAUUUGUCUCCAACAUCAUCUCUUUCCCACCUCGAUUUUUGCUUUCAAUUCAUUUAAUUUGUUCACUACACCACUCACCCAUUUGAAACAAGGUACAAAAGUAGUGUACCUUGUUUAGUACCAUAAAAUCUCCUCAUUGUACAAUACUCUGAUCUGAUACUCGGACAGAACUAGAAAUUAAAUAUCAUAUUUCUGUAUUCUUUGAUAAGUUAUUUAUUCACUUUCUGA